AAUCAAACACAACCUUAGCCGGGAAAGCCAGGGGAAAAAGAAAGGACUCGCGGCAACAAUCCGAGAUGUUGCAGCUUCACUGUCUGUCUUCUUCUUCCUCACUCACAACUCAUUAUUCCAUUCAACUCUGCCCUCCCCAUAGUUUCUAUCCCAAAAAGUCCCUUUCUUUUUGCCGUUCUUCCACGUCCAGUGGCUCCAACUUCUCCCUCAACCUCCCUUCCUCCCGCAUAAACCCAUUUUCUAUCAAAUGCCGCCAAUCCGAGUACUUCGAACAACAAAGCUUCACCAGACCCACAAGAAAUGCAAACGGAAGUGAUGCUGUUGGAGCUCUGCCGCCUAGGGUUUAUGUGGGUCACUCGGUUUACAAAGGGAAAGCUGCGCUUACGGUGACUCCCAGGCCUCCAGAGUUUGCGUCAUUGGAUUCAGGGGCAUUCAAAGUAUCUCGGGAGGGUUAUGUACUGCUUCAGUUUGCUCCUGCAGUUGGUAUGCGCCAGUAUGACUGGAACAGGAAGCAGGUAUUCUCUCUAUCGGUGGGUGAAAUGGGAAAUGUAAUUAGCCUUGGUACAAGGGAUUCGUGUGAAUUCUUUCAUGAUCCUUUCAAGGGGAGGAGUGAUGAAGGUAAAAUCAGAAAAGUUUUGAAGGUGGAGCCACUUCCAGAUGGUUCUGGUCACUUUUUUAACCUAAGUGUUCAAAACAAGAUUGAGAACGUGGAUGAAAGCAUCUAUAUCCCUGUUACAAAAGCUGAGCUAACAGUUUUCAACUCAAUUUUCAAUUUUAUCAUGCCAUACCUUCUGGGCUGGCAUGCGUUUGCAAAUUCUAUAAAACCAGAUGAUCAAAGCCGACUGAAUAACGCCAAUCCAAGAUAUGGAGGAGACUAUGAAUGGAGCAGAUAGUUUGUACAGCGCUAAAGGGUGUGUAGGGAUUUCUCAACUUUAUUUUGUAAUGUGUUGUCCUGUUAGGCAAGAAAUUUUGAGAUGGUAGUAUGCGUUUAUCUUUUACUUGUUAUUUUCUUAAUGAAGAAUAUGUUGCUGUUUGCAGUUGUAGCAUUUAGUCAUUUACCCUCCCCACCCACACCGGUUGUUAAAAGCAAAAUGUUCCUAAUUUAGUCAUUAACAUGAAGAAGCUUUUUUA